CAUAACACCUGUGUUGGCGCUGUUGUGGGGGAAGCCAGAUCGUGACAGGCUAGCAGCAGUGGACUGUAAACAUGGCGGCGUGCACAGCUACAGGGCUGUGCCGAACACUCCGUUAGUAUUAGUCAGAGAGGCAGAGACAUCCCAAAAAUGGAGACCGAAGAGGAGCAGCACAUCACGACCCUCCUGUGCAUGGGCUUCCCAGACCCCGACGUGAUACGGAAAGCGCUUCGGUUGGCAAAGAACGACAUCAACGAGGCAGUGGCGCUCCUGACAAACGAAAGCCCCGGACUCGGCUAUGGAUAUGAACCGAUGGAGAGUGGGCCUGCCCCCGGCGUGGGCUCGACUGGAGACGGGGAAAACAGCGGGAGGACUGGGACGGGAGGGUUUGACCCCCCGCCCGCAUACCACGAUGUAGUGGAUAGCGAGCAGAGCAAUGACGAGAACGGGAACUGCUCCGAGGGCAGCAUGGAGUUUCCCACCACCAAUCUGUACGAGCUGGAGAGUCGAGUCUUUACCGACCACUGGUCCAUACCUUACAAGAGAGAGGAGUCCCUGGGCAAGUGUCUCAUCGCGUCCACCUGCCUCGCCCGCCAUGGUCUUGCUGACGCUGAUGAGAACUGCAAGCGCUUCAUAGAUCGGUGCAUGCCGGAGGCCUUCAAAAAGUUGCUAACCAGCAGUGCCGUACACAAAUGGGGCACCGAGAUUCACGAGGGAAUCUACAACAUGCUCAUGUUGCUGGUGGAGCUCGUAGCAGAGAGGCUGAAGCAGGACCCCGUACCUGUAAAUCUGAUGGGAGUCCUGACUAUGGCCUUCAACCCUGAUAACGAGUACCAUUUUAAGAACCGGAUGAAGGUCUGUCAGAGGAACUGGGCUGAGGUUUUUGGAGAAGAGGCCAACAUGUUUGCGGUCUCUCCUAGCAACACCUAUCAGAAAGAGCCUCAUGGUUGGCUGGUUGAUUUGGUGAAUCGAUUUGGAGAGUUGGGAGGAUUCACUGCCAUUCAGACUAAGCUCAACGCAGAUGAAAUCGAGAUUGCUUGUGUGUCAGCUUUGGUCCAGCCUCUGGGAGUUGGUGCAGAAUACCUAAACUCCAGCCUUGUCCAGCCAAUGCUUGAUCCUGUCAUCCACAAGAUGAUCACAUAUGUGCAGAACCUGGAGGAAAAGGAUCUUAAAGACAAGCGUCUGGUGAGUAUCCCGGACCUGCUGUCGGCCAUCAAGCUGCUGUGUAUGAGGUUCCAGAGGGAGCUGGUUGCUGUGGUGGAUGACCUGCGGCUGGACACACUGCUGCGCAUGCUCAAAACCCCCCACUUCUCUACCAAGAUGAACUCGCUGAAAGAGGUGACAAAGUUGAUAGAGGAGAGCACAGUGUCGAAGACGGUGAAAAAUGCCAUUGACACAGAUAAACUUUUGGACUGGCUGGUUGAGAACUCAGUCCUAUCAAUAGCACUGGAGGGUAACAUUGACCAAGCUCAGUACUGCGAGAGGAUUAAGGGAAUCAUUGAGUUGCUUGGGAGUAAACUGUCGCUGGACGAACUCUCCAAGAUCUGGAAAAUACAGGCGGGCCAGUCAUCAACUGUAAUAGAAAACAUUCAUACAAUCAUCGCUGCUGCUGCUGUGAAGUUCAGCUUCGAUCAACUAACCCACCUCUUCGUCCUCAUACAGAAGAGCUGGGAGGUUGAGAGUGACCGCGUGAGGCAGAAGCUGCUUAGUCUGAUCGGGAGGAUCGGCAGAGAGGCUCGCUCUGAAACUACAACAGGAAAGGUGCUGGAGGUGCUGUGGGAGCUGGCUCACCUCCCCACCCUGCCUACCAGUCUCGUUCAGCAGGCGCUGGAGGAGCAUCUGGGGAUUCUGAGUGACGCCUACGCCGUCAAGGAGACUGUGAAACGCAGUUACAUCAUUAAAUGUAUUGAGGACAUUAAGAAGACUCACACUCAGGACGACUCCAAAGGCAGCGACACUCAAAGCUCUUUUCUUACUGGCACUUGGGGCAAGAAGAAAGCUAACUCUUUGGUCAAAGCUUCUCAGCAGAGCAGUCCUCAGGCAGUCUGGGUUGUUCCUGCUCUCCGUCAGCUGCAUGAGAUCACCCGUUCUUUCAUCAAGCAGACCUAUCAGAAACAAGACAAGAGCAUUAUCCAGGACUUGAAGAAGAACUUUGAGAUUGUCAAACUGAUCACCGGAUCCCUCGUGUGCUGCCAUCGACUGGCCGUGACCGCGGCGGGAAAUAACGGCCUCUCUGGCUCAGUUUUGGUGGACGGACGAUACACCUACCAGGAGUAUCUGGACAGCCACCUGCGCUUCCUGGCCUUCUUCCUCCAGGAGGCCAGCCUCUACCUGGUCUGGAACAGGGCCAAGGAGCUCUGGGAGUGCCUGGUGUCUGGCCCGGAUGUCUGUGAACUUGACCGCGAGAUGUGUUUUGAGUGGUUCACCAAAGGACAACAUGACCUGGAGAGUGACGUUCAGCAGCAGCUCUUCAAGGAGAAGAUCCUAAAACUGGAGCCCUACGAGAUCACCAUGAACGGUUUCAAUCUAUUUAAGACCUUCUUUGAGAACGUCAAUCUGUGUGACCAUCGCCUCAAACGCCAGGGCACUCAGCUGUGUGUGGAGCGCCUUGACCUGGCAGGGAUGGAUUUCAUCUGGCGCAUUGCUAUGGAAACCCCUGAUGAAGAGAUAGCCAAUGAAGCGAUCCAGCUCAUUAUCACAUAUAGCUACACCAACCUCAAUCCCAAAAUGAAGAAGGACUCUGUGUCUUUGCACAAGAAGUUUAUAGCUGAUUGUUACAAGCGACUGGAGGCAGCUAGCUCGGCCCUGGGUGGGCCUACUCUUACUCAUGCUGUUACUAGGGCAACUAAGAUGCUGACGGCAACUGCCAUGCCGACUGUGGCCACAUCUGUACAAUCACCAUCCAGGUACAGAGGGGGGUUUGGAUCCACUAAGCUGGUGAUAAUCGAAAGACUGCUGCUACUGGCUGAACGCUACGUCAUCACUAUAGAGGAUAUGUACUCAGUUCCUCGCACUAUUCUACCUCACGGGGCCUCGUUCAAUGGACACCCUGUCACUCUUCACAUCACCUAUGAGUCAUCCAAAGACACUUUCAGCUUAGAGACACACAGUAAUGAGACAAUAGGAAGUAUACGGUGGAAGAUAGCUGAGCACUUAAGCUGUCCGGUGGAUAACGUCCAGAUCUUUGCCAAUGACAGCGUGUUGACCAUGAAUCGGGACCAGAAGCUACUGUCUCAGCUCGGCUUCAGCGACGAGCAGAGCCUGACUGUGAAGAGCUCAGGCACUGGCACUCCCUCUGGCAGCUCCGAGUCGUCGGCCUCCGCCUCAAGCAGUUCCAGCUCCGCCGUCUUCAACUCUGCCUAUGCCCUGGAGCAGGAGAAGUCACUGCCCGGUGUGGUGAUGGCUUUGGUGUGUAAUGUGUUUGAGAUGCUUUACCAGCUGGCUAAUUUAGAUGAAACCAGGAUCACUCUUCGUGUGAGGAAGCUGCUGCUGCUGAUACCAACAGAUCCAGAAGUGCAGGAUGCUCUAGACAACUUUGUUCCCAAAGAAUCCAGUGUCUGGAGCCACCAGGUACAUCAGAUGCGUUCUGGUCAUAUGAAGACACUGUUCCAGGGUACAGGCUCUCGUUCCCCAUCCAUGGCCUCCAAGCAGCAGCACCAGCCCAGUGCUGCAUCCAUCCUGGAGUCCCUCUUCAGAUCCUCGGCCCCGGGCAUGUCCACCUUCAGAGUGCUGUACAACCUGGAGGUGUUGAGUUCAAAGCUCAUGCCAACGUCGGAUGAUGAGAUGGCCAAAACCAGCAGCAAGUCCUUCUGUGAGAACUUCCUUAAAGCAGGAGGCCUCAGUCUGGUGGUGAAUGUUAUGCAAAGAGAUUCCAUCCCCUCAGAGGUGGACUAUGAGACAAGACAAGGAGUCUACUCUAUUUGUCUUCAGUUGGCCAGGUUUCUUCUGAUUGGCCAGAGCAUGCCUGCAGCGCUGGAUGAUGAUGUCAUCAGGGAUGGCGAGGCGCUGUCAUCUCGUCCGUUCCGAAACGCCGGACGGGCGGGGCGUCAGCUGUCUCUUUGUGGAACUCCAGAGAAGUCCUCCUACAGACAGAUGUCUCUCUCUGAGCGCUCCUCCAUAAGAGUUGAGGAGAUCAUACCAGCUGCUCGCGUAGCUAUUCAGACCAUGGAAGUGGGUGACUUUACUUCCACCGUAGCCUGUUUCAUGCGCCUGACCUGGGCAGCUGCAGCAGGCCGAUUGGAUCUGGUUGGCAGCCCACAGCCAAUCAGAGAGAACCACAGCUCCCUUCUGCCACAGGGAGUCCGCACCAGAGUUAGCAGUACAGGAAGUAACUGCAGCUCCAGCAGUGAGGGGGAGACCACUCCAACAGCAUUGCAUGCAGGGAUAUGUGUGAGGCAGCAGUGUGUCUCUAUUAAAGAUACUAUCAUCGCCCGUGAGGCCCUGUCCCUGUUGGUCACCUGUCUGCAGUUGCGCUGUCAGCAGCUAAGUUCUUUUUAUAACCUUCCCUCGGUCAAUGAUUUCAUCAUUGAUGUUCUGCUGGGAUCUCCCAGCGGAGAGAUCCGACGUGUAGCUUGCGAUCAGCUCUACACUCUGAGCCAGUCUGACACUUCAGCCUUCGCCGAAGUCCAGAAACCCAACUUGUUCCUCAUCUCAGUCAUUCUCACUGCUCAACUGCCAUUGUGGAGUCCUACAUCUAUCAUGAGAGGGGUCAACCAGAGGUUGCUGUCUCAAUGCACAGAGUACUUUGACCUAAGAUGUCAGCUUUUGGAUGACCUAACAACAUCCGAGAUGGAGGUGUUAAAAGUGAGUGCAGCCACUAUGCUGGAGGACGAGAUCUCUUGGCUUGACAACUUUGAGCCAAGUUGGAGCUCUGAGAUGGAGACCAGCGAGGCGGACAACAUCCUCCUGGCAGGACACCUCCGACUCAUCAAGACCUUGCUCUCACUCUGUGGUAACGAGAAGGAGCAUCUCGGGCCAUCUCUGAUCCAGCAGUUACUGGAUGACUUCCUGUUUCGCGCCUCACGCAUCAUCAUCAACAGUUCAAACCCCACACCCUCGCCGGCCCCCAGCCACGACUUCCACCCAAAGUGCAGCACAGCCAGCAGCAGGCUGGCAGCCUAUGAGGUGCUGGUGAUGCUUACAGACAGCUCUCUCUCCAACCUCCGACUGAUCACCAAAGAGCUGAUGUCCAUGCAUCACCAGUCUGAUCCUUCACUCUGCAAGGAGUUUGAUUACCUACCCCCCGUAGAGAGCCGGUCUGUCUCAGGUUUUGUUGGGUUGAAGAACGGUGGUGCCACAUGUUACAUGAAUGCUGUGUUUCAGCAGCUCUACAUGCAGCCCGGCCUGCCAGAGGCUUUCCUGUCCAUCGAGGACGACACAGAUCAGCCAGAAGAGAGCGUCUUCUACCAAGUGCAGUCUUUGUUUGGCCACCUGAUGGAGAGCAAACUGCAGUACUACAUACCUGAGAACUUCUGGAAGAUCUUCAAGAUGUGGAACAAGGAGUUGUAUGUAAGAGAACAGCAGGAUGCUUACGAGUUCUUCACUAGCCUGGUGGAUCAGCUAGACGAACAUCUCAAGAAAAUGGGUCGAGAGCAGAUCUUCAAAAACACAUUUCAGGGAAUCUUCUCUGACCAGAAGAUUUGUAAAGACUGUCCUCACCGGUACGAGCGUGAAGAAACAUUCAUGGCUUUGAACCUUGGGGUGACAUCCUGUCAAAGCUUAGAGAUCUCAUUGGACCAGUUUGUCAGAGGAGAGGUGCUAGAGGGAAGCAAUGCCUACUACUGUGAGAAAUGCAAGGAGAAGAGAACCACCGUAAAGAGAACAUGCAUCAAAUCCCUGCCCAGCGUUCUCUGCAUUCACCUCAUGCGCUUUGGCUUCGACUGGGAAAGCGGGCGCUCCAUCAAAUAUGAUGAACAGAUUAGGUUCCCUUGGGUGUUGAACAUGGAGCCUUACACUGUCUCUGGAAUGGCUCGUCAAGACUGCAGCGGAGAGGGCAGCGAGGGGCGGGGCGACGGAACCUCAGGUGGAUCACCCAGGAAGAAAGUCACAAUUUCUGAGAACUAUGAACUCGUGGGAGUUGUGGUCCACAGUGGUCAGGCACAUGCUGGCCACUAUUACUCUUUCAUUAAAGAUAGACGUGGUAGCGUUCGUGGACGUUGGUACAAGUUCAACGACAACGUGGUAGAGGAGUUUGAUAUGAAUGACGAAACUUUGGAGUAUGAAUGCUUCGGUGGAGAGUACCGUCCCAAAGUUUACGACCAGUCCAACCCAUACCCUGAUGUGCGAAGGAGGUACUGGAACGCCUACAUGUUGUUCUAUCAGAAGAUCAGUGACCAGAACUCGCCCGUCCUGCCCAAAAAAAGCAGAGUCAGCAUCAUGCGGCAGGAGGCUGAGGACCUUACACUGUCUGCCCCGUCCUCUCCUGAUAUUUCGCCCCAGUCCUCGCCUCGCCCCCCCAGAGCCAACAACGACCGCCUCACCCUCCUCACCCGCCUGGUCCGCAAGGGAGAGAAGAAGGGCCUGUUUGUAGAGAAGAUGCCAGCCAGCAUCUAUCAGAUGGUGAGGGAUGAGAAUCUCAAGUUCAUGAGGAACAGAGACGUCUACAACAGCGACUACUUCAACUUCACCCUCUCCCUGGCCUCCGUCAAUGCAACAAAGCUGAAGCAUCCAGACUACCAGCCGAUGGCCAAAGAGAGUCUUCAGCUGGCUGUUCACUUCCUCUUUCACACCUACCUGCACACCAAAAAGAAACUCCGGGUGGACACAGAGGAGUGGAUGGCGACCGUGGACGUGUUGCUGUCUAAGAGCUGCGAAGCGUGCCAGUGGAUGGUGCAGUACCUGGUUGGACCAGAGGGCCGAGAGAUCACCAGGGUUUGUCUGUUAGAGUGCAGUGUAAGGGAGGUGAGGGUGGUGGUCGCAUCCAUCCUUGAAAAGACUCUGGAGAGCGCUCUCCACUUUGGAGACCCGGGACUGGACAACCUGACUGACACUAUGCUUUCCUUAUUGGACAAAGAUGUUCCAGAGAACGUGAAAAACUGCGCACAGUACUUCGGCCUCUUCAGUAACUUUGCACAGAGGGGAUGCGGUCCUUGUCAGCUGUUGUUGAAACACUCAGCUUAUCGCCGGAUGCUCAUCUUCCUGUUGGGACCCAAUAGGCAAAACAACCAGAACCGGCGGUGGAGUCCAGCACAGGCUCGAGAGUUCCUUCACCUCCACAACACGCUGGCCCUCAUGACGCUACACUCUGACCUCAACGCCCAGCGGACGCAGGCUCCAGGAGAAUUUAAACUGCGAGUGAGUUGCGUCCCGGCCUCCACUAAGCUCCUCCCCCUCCACGCAGAUAUCCUGGCCUCACUUUUCACUCCAGAGGGACAGCCUUACCUUCAAGAGGUGAUGUUUGCCAUGCGCGAGUUGUCCGGUCCCCUGUCCCUCCUGAUAGAGAUGGUGACCUACACUGCCUACUGUAACGAGCCCUUCUCUCUGGGCGUGCUGCAGUUGCUCAAGACCCAGCUGGAGACGGCUCCACCUCACGAGCUGAAGAACAUUUUUCAGAUGCUGCAGGAGCUUCUAGUAAUGGAAGAACCUCUGCAAACCCAGAGACUCAAGUAUGCUUUCGAGUCAGAGAAAGGCCUCUUAGCUUUGAUGCACGAGAGCAACAACGUGGACAGCAGGCGCUGCUAUCAGUGUGUGAAGUUCCUGGUCACAUUAGCCCAGAAGUGUGCUCCUGCCAAGGAUUACUUCAAGGACUUGUCUGGUCACUGGAGCUGGGCCGUACAGUGGCUGCAAAAAAAGAUGACUGAACAUUACUGGACUCCACAGAGUAAUGUCUCUAAUGAGACAUCCACCAACAAAACCUUCCAGCGGACUAUCUCUGCGCAGGAUACCUUGGCCUACGCCACCGCGCUGCUGAACGAGAAGGAGCAGUCUGGCAGCAGCAACGGCUCUGACGGCAGCCCAGCCAAUGAAAACGCCGACCGCAGCCUCCGACAGGGGUCGGAGUCACCCAUGAUGCUCGGGGAUUCAAAGAGCGAUCUGGAAGAUGUAGACCCAUAGCUCCUCCAACCAGCAGGAUCCCUCCGAAGGAGAGGCAGCACAGAUCCGGGCAGCCGAUUGAAAAGGGCUGCUCUUUGCCUCUGAUUGGUGAGGACAUUUAGGGCCCCACAACAAGCCGAUCGGAAAAACUUAUUCUCUUGGUCGCUGCGGCAACAGAGGAGCUAUGAAUAAAUCAUAAAUGACUUCCUUUCAAAGCAGCCGAGGCGAUGAUGGAGAUGCAUUAUCAUUAAGGGCAGCAGAGUUGAUUAUGGUGGGAAGUAGAAAUACCUUCCUCAGUCACGGAUGACUUCAGUUUAUCCUUUUAUUCAUUCAUUCACUCAGAAUGACAGCAAGGUGGAGGAUGGGUUUGGGUUGUGUUUUAACAAUUUUCUGCUCAUAUUUGCCAAUGUAUCUAGAUAAGACAUAUUCAUAUUGUAAAGAUGUGUUCCAUAGAUGUAAUUUCCAGUGUAAGAUAAUAUUUUAAAGUCUCCUGUGCUCCACGGCCUUGCAAAUUGAGAGAGGUCCCGUUAGCUGCUCUAGAGGAACUUACAGACUUGUGUGCACUUGUAAAGGAACACCCCCACACACAAGCACUUUGGAGGGGUGGGGUUAAGAAUGCACUUUAUAGUCCGGCCCAGUCUAUUGUGACAUAUAGCAGCACUGGUCAGUUCCUCUAGAGCCUCCUCGCGACCGUGUCCUCCUCUUCUUUUUGCUUUUAACAACUUCUAUUUUCAGUGCCACAUAUGACGACAUAUGGACGCCCUUAUAGCAAGACACUCUGCCUGUGACUUAACCUUUCACCAUGGUGACCACAGAAUAGCCAUGGGGACGCAGUACAGGGCAGGCCCUGUCCCAUAACCAGGACAAGUCCCGACCCUCGGCAACUCCGAAACAAGCUGUGCCAUGGGCAGCACUCUCCCUCUGCUCUAGUCUUCUCGCUGUCUGGCGGCCUCAUGUGCCAGAUUCUCAUUCUUUUCAUCGCUGUGUUUUAUUUCUGUUGUCACUUUGCGUUGACUCUGGAUGAAUUGAAUAUUGGAGAGGAUGUUUAGGGACUCGAGCCUUAUGCAAGUCAAGCUGAUCUGGAAGGGCACAGAUCAAUCGCAGUGGGCCAUCAGUGCCGACUGAGGGGGGAGCUCAGGAGCAUGUUUUAUUUUUAGGUGCCAAGGUUACAUACACACACACACACACACACACACAAAUAACAAAUACUAGAACUUGUGAAAAACAUGCAAGCGGGUGUCACUCAUUCACGUCGUUCACAAACACAACAGAACAGGUCCUCCUCGCCUCACCGUUACCGCUGCUUUAUCAGGUUUUUGAGGUUGUUGUUUUUUCCAAUGGAGUAUUCUUUUGGCUUUGCCUUCCUCGCUUUUUUGUCUACCUUUGGAAACACACACAGAGGAGCUGUACCCAAAUGUAGCUCCACUUCACACAAGAACAACACCCGCGUUUCCAUCGUCCCAACCCCCAAUCAUCGGGAGACUUGAAGUGCCUUAACCUCCCGAUCUCCCCCCCCCCCCCCUCCUCCGGCCCACUUCCGAUACUGUAUCACCACGUCUCACGUAGGUUAACGUCUGCUCCGCCUGUCCGGACCGUGACACCUAACCAGUGUCUCCUGUUGUCAAAUAGUUUUUGCUUGUAGGAGUGCAACUACAGCUUCUUUAUUACCCAUUAGACCCCAAAUAAUACAGGGACAUUUUCCUCUGUGUGUUGUGACAAAGGAUUGUUGGAAUGGAACUGUUGGUUGUUGAUUCUAUGUGUAUGGGGGGAGGAGGGUGGGUGGGGUGGGGUGUAAGUUUUACCCUAAUAAAACGGGGUUUGCUGUAGGUGACAGGACAGGGUGCGGGUGAUGGUAAAAUGCUGCUUUUUUUCACUCUGCGCUCACGCAGAGCCUGAUGUAUUCUAAAUAGUUUUAAGAAGCCACACUUUCACUCAGAUGUGCUAAAGACAUGAGCCUAAACUAGCUUAGCAGAUUGGCUCGCAGCUUUAACAGGUCAAUGUUUACAGUGUGAAAACCUAUCAAGCAAAAGCAAUCAAGCAAAAAUAGUUUUCUGUUGGGGGGAGUCAUUGCGAUCAAUUCACCGAGGCUCUGCCGCAUCCUCAAAGCCUGAGAAGGGCACUUCCAACCCCGCCCCGCCCUACCCCACCCGGCCCAUGUCCCUCUCUAUCUCACUAGAUGUGAAUGUCACGUCGUGCCCUCCGGCACGUUUGCAUGUGUGGCAAUAAGUGGUGGUCGAGUUAUUCUUUUCUGUGUGACCGAGGAAGAAAGAAAAAAAAGAAAAAAAACAGCCCCGUGUUUUUUGCGGUGUAAUUCAUUUUCAUUGGCCCUCACUGUCACAAACAUAGGCCCCUUCUCUGGGGCUGGUUCUGCUGAUCUGGUGGAGGUGCAUGCAGUCUGUGCCAAGUGAUACAUGGCCAUGGCAACAUGAGUCGCAUUCCGCCAAGAGUGUCUCUUAUCGUAGGUCCGCCCCACUGCUAUAUCACCACAACUACUUAAUAAAAAAAAGAAAAUUCUUUUGUUUUAAUCCUGGGAUGCAGGGGGGGGUGGGGGGGUAAGCGCGUGGGUAGGGACUGGCAUCUGUACGGGUUUUUACUGUUAUUCAAUUUUGAAAAUUCACUUCUGCCAUCGCAGGAUUCUGCAAUGCAUGUUAAAACUCAGUUUUAAUUUGUACAUCAGAGUUUGAUUAAAAGGAAAUUUGAUAUAAAAUAAACUGGAAUGCACAACUUUU